AUGACUCGUGGUGUAGUCCUGCUUGCGCUGUUUUUGCUCUAUAUUAUAGAAUUACAGGGGCUCAAGCAUGUGUAUCGGCUGCAUGGACAGGACUUACUCUUGGAUGUAAAUAAACCUCAACUUGACCCAAAGACAGAUUUUCACUGGAAGUUUAAUUCCACAUACUAUGUUGGUAAAAUCAGUUAUGGAAAAGAUCCAAUAUUGGAUGACAACUAUGAAAGAAGGGCUAAGCUCUAUAUACAAAAUUACUCUUUGCUAUUAAUGAAUAUACAACGAAACGACAGUGGAGAUUAUAUUGCAAUUGUAGUUAAAGGAACAGAGAAAAGAAUAGCUGAAUACAAGGUCAUUGUUCAAGAUCCAGUGACUCCUGCUGAGCUGACAGUGCAAGCUGUGUCCAAGAGCUCAGACUCCUGUAACCUCACUGUGACCUGCAGCACAGUGGACUUUAACAUCAGCAGCAGUUUUAGAUGUGAUGGCAAAAACUGCUCUCAGGCAGAGGAAAAGGAUUUGAAUGCCACAAAAAUGUUUUCCUCUCUAAUUGUUUACCUGCAGCAAGACACCAUUUACUGUAAUCACAGCAACAAAGUGAGCUGGAAUCAGACCAUGAAGGUGCUCAAAUCUUACUGUGAAACAAAGACAGUUGCCAGUUUAGCCACCAUAAUUACAGCUUCAGUGUGUGUUUCCUUGUUGACUGUCUUCAUUACCUUUGGAACAUGGAAACUCCUAAAAUAUAAAGGUAGAAGAGGGAACCAGGAAAAUACUAUAUAUGCAGUUCCUGAGGAGAUCACGCCAGGCCAGACUCAAAAUCAGACUCCCUCACGACAUGAAUCAUGUAAUUCUCCAACAUCUACUUAUGCUUUGGUGGCGUUUCAUACUGGACAAAAAUCUGAAAACAUCCCUCAGCCAGAGACGGUGUAUGCUCAGGUUGACAGAGCUGCAAAGCCCAAUUCUACAGUUCAACAACAAACACCCAGACCUGAAGAAAACCAAUAACUGUAUUUAUAAUGAUCAACAGUGUUGCCUGAUCAUAUGUGUAAAAUGUGGAUGUUCAUGUUACUGUGAUCAAGAGAGAAACAUGUUAAUCAGAAGGGAAAUGAGUCUGUUCACUCACAUGUAGCUCAGUUUAGACACGAGAGGCUGGUUGCUGAGUGAUAUUGUGGUCUAACUUAAAGGUAGCUGGAUAUUUCUCUUAAUUUGAAUUAGCAGAGAAAGUUGGCCCUGUUUUUAUUCUUUAAAAGUCUUGUUUUUGAGAAAAUUAAAUGGUCACAGAGUUUACAGACAUACCAACAGAGAAGGUAGAGUCAGCUGAGAACCAAUGAGUCUAUGCACAUACAGGCUAUUUUGCAAUAUCUACAAUAUUUAGUGUGCACUGUUGUUACAUUAAUAACAUUAAAUUCAAUUUGUAACAGAAAUCUAAUGCAGUUCUCUUUAACUUUAAAAAUGCUGUAAGAUGAACCAGUCUUGAAAAUGUGAAACUAUCUAUAACUGGGUAAAAAUGGCAGAGUUCUCAAAGAGGAGGAGAAUACAUGAACAGUACAUGUAAGUCUUAAAAAAUGAGAUGCCAAUUUAUAAGGAUGCAUUUAAACUUGAAACUAUUCAAAGGCAGAUAAGGUAACAUCCCUUUUAUCACACUGAGCUGCACACGUAAUCAUACAGAUAAAUACACUAAUAAAUUAGUCUAUUUGGAAUAAAUUACCAAUGGCCAUUUUUCCAGACUUAUAAAAAAUGUCAUGUGGUUGUGAAAAAAGAGUAACCGUACGUGUAUAGUCUGUAUGGGCUUUUUUGCAGUUGUGGCAGUGAUGGAGAAAACAGUAAAGCAAUUUUUUCUUUAUUUUUUAUUUGUCUAGUCAGACUGACUGCUGUAAUGAUGUGUUUUCUUUGUAGAGGUUGAAACAAUAAAGAGAUGAACAUCAAGCCAGUUUGAGAGACUUUAAUACAUGUAUGUGGGUGCCUCUAGCAUGCAAAAAGGAAGAACAACAUGACACUUUUAACUACAGUAUAUAGUGGCUUGCAAAAGUAUUCGGCCCCCUUGAACUUUUCCACAUUUUGUCACAUUACAGCCACAAACAUGAAUCAAUUUUAUUGGAAUUCUACGUGAAAGACCAAUACAAAGUGGUGUACACGUGAGAAGUGGAACGAAAAUCAUACAUGAUUCCAAACAUAUUUUACCAAUAAAUAACUGCAAAGUGGGGUGUGCGUAAUUAUUCAGCCCUCUUUGGUCUGAGUGCAGUCAGUUGCCCAUAGACAUUGCCUGAUGAGUGCUAAUGACUAAAUAGAGUGCGCCUGUGUGUAAUCUAAUGUCAGUACAAAUACAGCUGCUCUGUGACGACCUCAGAAGCCACUGUAUAUAGUGUCCAUCCCCUUUGUCCAUACAUAUCCGGGAGAUCGUGGCACCUGUAUGAUAACUCAUAUCUCCUAAAGGUCACUGAUCACAUGCUUCCCACUUAUCUUUGGAUGUCUGUAAAUGCACCUGAAAGUAUAUGUCACAUGAACCACAUGAAACCAGAUGCAUCUAACACUAAUUAUGAGUGCAUAGGUAGGUGUGUGUGUGUGUGUGUGUGUACACUUCUCAGUUUCAAUUGGAUUCAGUUGUUUCUUCACAGAUGUGAGACAAGCCUCUGUGUUCUUUUUGAUCAGCUGUGGGUUUCUCCUUGAACUCUCCCAUGGAUGCCACUUUUUCUCAGUCUCUUUGUUUUGUUGAAUCAUGAACUCUGGCCUUUACUGAGACAUGUGAAGCUUGGAGAUCUUUAAUGUUGUUCUGGGUUCUUUUGUGACCUCUUUGGUGUGCUCUUGGAGUAAUAUUGGUUGGCUGGUCACUCCUGGGAACAUUCAGCUCUGUUCCAGGUCUUCUCCAGUUGUGCAUAAUGGCUUGAAGAUAUGCGUAGCUUAUUUGACAGUUUAGAAAUGUGUUAGGUAGGAUGUAGAAUUAUUGUAGAGACACUGACACUGCCCUUGAUGUAAUAAAGGCCUGAGUGUGUCAUAAACAUAGGAGUAGAUUUCUAGGAGACCCUCCCCCACUUCAGCUGUGAAAGUAAGACAAAGAGAAGUUGAUGCUGAGUGGAAAUUCCCCAGGGGAUACCUGAGUGGGGGUCUCAGUGUUUCUUCUGCCCUCAGCUGAAUGUCCCUAUCCAGCUUAUGCAGAGAGCUAAACAUUAACUGGCUUCAGUAAACACUCAGGAAACCGUGUGGCAUUCUUCAGAGCUUUACUGAUCCAUAUUUUUCAUUUU